UGUAGAAUAUUAUUCAUUAACUUGAUUUACGGUGGAGUAUUUUAAAUGUUAUCCUUUGUUAAAUAAUAAGAAAAUAUUUUGCAUUAAGUUAUGAGAAGAUAGUUUACUAUCUGACAUUUCUUCCCUCACUUUUGACGUCAUAUAACUCACGAUGCCUCGAACUGCCAGCUUUAAUUUAGCAGAAAUUAAAACUUCGAUGCCCAGCUCAUCUAGUCCACAGCUUAAAUCUAUAUCUGUUAACAGUUUCAAUCGUGUAACAGAGAAUACUUCCCCAAAGAAAAAAGAUGGUUGCUCGUUUUCUUGCGGCUGGUGUAUGGGUGUAUUUAUCUGCUUGUGUUGCUUAGUAUUUUUUGCGAUGUUACAUUUGUAUUAUCGAAUAUUUAUCCCUGCACCGACUCAAAUGUAUUUUGAUGGCCCUUUACUUAUACAAAAAGGAUACUUACGUGUUUAUCCUAAUUUACCGGAGCUGCUAGAAGACGACGACAGAAUACCGGGUGUCUACGUAAUAAAUCCAAGUGUGGAAUAUGUAAACACAAAAAUCAUUCCUAGUUUAGACGAAAUAUUCGAAAAUUACACGGAGAAAACGAAAGAUUAUCCACCUCAUCAUUAUACUAUGUGUUGGUUAGAAAAUCCAAACAAUCCUAAUACGCCUUGUUAUUUCGAUCCCAAUUGGAUAUUGGAAGACUGCAAUAAGAAGAAUAAUUAUGGUUUUAAAUCGUUAAAUGGUUUCUAUAACCCUUGCGUUUUAUUGAGGCUCGAAGAUACAGAAAAUUGGUAUCCAGAACCUUUCCAAUUUAAGCAUGUUAGCAAAACAUGGGCACAUCAAUACGAUCCUUCAUAUAUACCGAUAGGAUGUCAUCAGAGGAUUACCAACGAAAGCAACCAAAUGAAAUUAAAUACGACCAUUUAUCCUAGUAAAGGAUUCUCGAUUCAUUUCUUCCCACAGAAAUUCUUUAACAGCAGCAUAUAUUUAGCUCCUAUGGUAAUGAUACAGAUUAAAAAUCUGGAAGUUGGAAGAAAUUUUUCUAUAAAUUGUUGGGUCCGUGCAAGAAAUUCUUGGCAUCUAAAAGACAGUGGUGAAGUUACCAUACAUUUUCGUUACCCGUUCACACACGUAUCGAAAACUGAAAACGCUAGCAAACACAAGGCAACAAAAUUUGGAAAAUCUUAGUUUUAAUUGAAAACAGUUAAAAUUUCAUUGAAUUUAACUGAAAUUGUUUGUAAUUAUAAAAUCUGUCAAAACGAAAUUUAAACAAAUUCGAAAUAU